CAUGUGGACCAACACACUUUUGCCCCUGGGGCUCCUCCUGCAUUGCCUCCUGGCCGCCUCUCUGGCAGCAGGCAAGGGGAAAAGAAAUGCUCUUCAUGACUACAGAAAGACAGGUGACAUGAUCUUACUGAGGACGGACAAAACACUGAAAGUGAAGACCAAGCUGCUAAACACCACUGAACAGUGUGCCAAGCGAUGUAGCAGAAGUAGAGGACUGUUGUUCACUUGCAAGGCUUUUGCAUUUGAUAAAGUGGCCAAACGCUGCCAUUGGCUGUCCUUCACCAGCUUAGAAAAUGGAGUGCGACGCAAACAAGACAACACUUUUGAUCUCUAUGAAAACAAAGACUAUGUUAGAAACUGUAUCAUUGGUAAAGGAGCAGCUUAUAAAGGAACUAUAUCAGUCACAAAGAGUGGCAUCCGGUGUCAGGCAUGGAAUUCCACAAUACCUCAUGAACACAGCUUUUUGCCUUCGAGCUAUCGAGGUAAAGAUCUCCGGGAAAACUACUGCCGGAACCCUCGAGGGGAAGAAGGGGGGCCCUGGUGUUUCACAAGCAAUCCAAAGAUCCGUCACGAAGUCUGUGACAUUCCUCUCUGUUCAGAAGUGGAAUGCAUGACAUGCAAUGGGGAAAGCUACAGAGGUCCCAUGGACCGCACAGAGACUGGCAAGGAAUGUCAGCGUUGGGACCUUCAGAGACCUCAUAGGCACUCCCAUCGUCCAGAGAGACAUCCUGACAAAGGCCUCGAUGAUAAUUACUGCCGCAAUCCGGAUCAUAAGCCGAGGCCGUGGUGCUACACUCUUGACCCCAACACCAUCUGGGAGUUUUGUGCAAUUAAACCGUGUGCUCAGAGUGUGGUGCCCAAUGCGACAGCAGAAGUAGAAACGACAGAGUGCGUCGAAGGUCAAGGGGAGGGCUACCGUGGAACUGUGAACACCAUAUGGAGUGGGAUUGAGUGCCAGCGCUGGGACUCCCAGACUCCUCAUCAACACCAGUUCACACCUGAGAACUAUAAAUGCAAGGACCUAAGAGAGAACUACUGCCGAAAUCCAGAUGGAGCAGAGGCACCCUGGUGUUUUACUACCAACCCAAACAUUCGCAUUGGGUACUGUUACCAGAUACCGAAAUGUGAUCUGCCGGGUGAGCAAGAUUGCUAUCGAGGGAAUGGGACCAAUUAUAUGGGUAAUCUGGCCCAGACAAGAUUUGGCUUAACUUGUUCGAUGUGGGAUGAAAACAUUCAGGAUUUAAUGAGGCAUCUGCCAAUAUAUAGAGAGCCAGAUGUCAGCAAGCUGAAAAGAAAUUACUGCCGCAAUCCGGAUGACGAUGCCCAUGGUCCAUGGUGCUACACGAGUGACCCGCGCAUUCCCUGGGACUACUGCCCUCUAUCAAGAUGUGAAGGCGAUGCAGUUCCUAUGAUGAGCCCCUCAGACUCGACUCUCAUUCCUUGUGCCUCGACAAAACAACUGAGAGUUGUUAAUGGGACCCCAACUCAACCUGACAAAGGAUGGAUGGUUAGUUUAACAUACAGGAGCAGGCAUAUCUGCGGAGGUUCAUUAAUAAAGGAAGACUGGGUCUUGACAGCAAGGCAGUGUUUUCUUUCUCGGUUCAAUCUGAAAGACUAUCAAGCCUGGCUUGGAAUACAUAAUGUGGAAAGAGCACUUGAGGAAAAACACAGACAAGUUCUGAAUAUCUCCCAGCUGGUAUAUGGCCCUGAAGGAUCAGACUUGGUAUUGCUGAAACUUUCCAGACCAGCAGUCAGCAGUGAGGCUGUGGGGAUCAUCAGGUUGUCUGUUUCUGGAUGCACCAUUCCAGAAGGCACCACUUGUAGUGUGUAUGGAUGGGGACACACAGGAGACACCUUUGAUGGAGUCCUUCAAGAAGCAAAUAUGAUCAUUGUGGGAAAUGAACAGUGUAAUCAGGGAUUUAAAGGAAGGGUGGUCAUGAAAGAGUCAGAAAUGUGUGCCAGAGCUGAGCGCGUUGGCAGUGGAACUUGUGAACGGGAUUAUGGCGGUCCAUUGGUCUGUGAACAAAACAGGAUUAAAAUAGUUGUGGGAGUUAUUAUUCCUGGGCGUGGAUGUGCCAAGCGACCUUCAGUUUUUGUCCGGGUGGCCUUCUACUUCAGAUGGAUACAUAAAAUCUUAAUGACGUACAGAUCGUAGCUGAAUGCUCCAUCCAAGAAAAUAAAUUCCAAUUGUGGGAACAUUUUGGGAAGUAUGAAAUUGAAGUGUAAUAGAAAGUCCUCAAUCUUAAAAAAGAAAGAAGUACUACUACUUGAUAGUCAAGUUUUGUUGAUAUUUAUGGAUGUUCCUCGUUUUGUCUUAUGGUGUGUUUAUAUAUAUGUUGAUUUGAGCUGUGGUUAUAAGCAAGUAGGGGGACCUAUUUCCUGAAGAUACUUGAAUGGGAAAGCAAAAUUGCUGACAUACAAUUACUGGAUGAUGAUGUGUUCUGUGGAUUUAGAAUGUUUGCAUUCUUAUAUAUGCUGCUGGUUAGUUCAGCUUGUCCAUGAGACAUAAAUAUCAUUUUAAUUUAAAAUGUUCCUCUUACCUAAUCUAAGCCUCUUAAUUGAUGCAUAAAUUCGUCAGCUGGAAAUCUAU